CGUCGCUGGAGGGAGGACUUGACAGUCGAGGCUCAAGAACCGGCAUUCCCAGGACUCGGGCGGGACACAGCCUGUGGUGAGCCGCGGCUAGGAAGAGCGAGAUGAUCCGCCAGAAGUCCAGCCAAUUCAUGGCACUGAAGAUACAGUCGGAGCUUGAACAGCCCUCAGAACUGCAGCGGGAACCCCAGGAGGACCUUAGCUCAGUGGAUGGGUCCGUCACGCGGAUGGUAACAGGUGUGCGGACCGAGUCCAGAACCGCGGCCUCGAUAGAAGCGGAUGAAGAUCCUGCAGCCAACUUGUUCCCGCCCCCGUUGCCCCAGCCCCGUAUCUGCAUGUGGAAGUACCUGGACAUCCAUUCCAUGCACAGGCUGGAGAAGACAGCCAACACUGAGGAGAUGAGGGAGGUGCUAGCUGAGCUCUUGGGGCUAAGCUAUCCUGAGCAAAGCCUGCGGGAUGCCAUCACCCUGGACCUCUUCUCCCACGCACUCCUCUUCUGCCGCCAGCAUGGCUUCUCACUGGAACAGACAUCGACAGUUUGUGCCCUGCUCCAAGAUCUUCACAAGGCCUGUGUUGCAACCCCCUUGGGCAACGUGGAGGAGUGUUACCGCUACUUCACCAGUGUCCUUUUUUGCCACGGAGUCAAGCGGCCCCCCUUCAGUAUCAACCUCUUUAGGGAGGAACAGCUGCUGGCCCUGGCAGAUUAUGUGGUCAACACCUACUUCCGCCACUUCAAGCUCUACAAAUAUGUCUUCACACCCCAGGUGCGGCUGGAUCUAUCUUUGACUUACAUGGGGCUACAGCCACCCAAGCUCUGGCAAGACGAUGAGACAGAGAAAGGCGGCGAGGAGGCGAAGGAGCAGGCAGUCACCCCGCAGGAGGAACCAGAAACAGCGGUCCUGCCAGAGCCAGAGCCAAGCCAGGUCUCCAUCCUGCAAGCCUACAUCAGGACCCAGAUGAACAAAGAGCUGAGGCAGCUCCAACAGCUGAUGGAGGAGCGGCUCCAGGCCAGCGAGGAAAGGCUCAGCAGCAAGUUGACCACACUAGAGCAGCCCUUCCAGCUACCUUCCGGCAAAGGCAAGAACAAGACCAAGUGACCCCCAGCAUUUUCCCCAAUAAAGGGCGGGG